AUGCUAACUCCGCUCACAUCUGCUUCUGCCUUCGCGCUCUAUCAGGCGAUGCUUCUGCGUUCGCCCAGAACCCCCGGUGACUCCGCUAAGGUGUUCGUCCUUGGCAGCUUAAACCUUAUCUCUCUCUCCAAUGGCAUCAUAUUCGGACAAGCAGCCUGCGUCAUCAGCUCGCUCCAGAAGAAUGAAGAGGGCAUACAGCUUACUGAGGGACAAAUCUCUCUGAUAGCUUCAUUGCUGAUCAUCACAAAUGUUCUCGGUUUUGGCCUCGGCGCAUUCAUCGCUGACAAGUUCGGCAGAAGAUGGUCCUUCAGUAUCUCCUCUAUACUCGUUGUCAUCAACUGGAUAGUGUUGUACAGAGCAAAAGACUUCUACGAAUUCGUAUUAUCAAGAAUUAUCGGAGGUAUAGCCGUGGGAGCAUUAUGGAAACUGGUUAUAUUUGUGACAGCUGAAUACACUUCUUCUAAAACAAGAGCUUUCUUUUUAAAUAUGGUGACAACGGUAUCUCCUGCUAUAGGAACUGCGUUAAUCCACGUAAUAGGCAAUAUCUUGCAUUGGAGAACUGUGACCUUGAUUUCGAUUAUACCAUCUGUGAUUGGAGCAGUUAUUCCUUACUUCUGGGUCGAGAGCCCUCACUGGUUGGCUUCUAGAAGGAAGUUCGAAGAAUGCCAAACCGCUUUUAGAAAACUACACGGCAAUACUACAAAUUCGGAGAGAGAAUUGCUUUUGCUCCUCAAAAUGGAGACUGCGAAGUUUAAUAAUGCAAUUGAGACGAAUUCUGAGCCGACUUUUAAAAGGUUGUUGAUAGCUUUCAAGAGAAAAUACUUCUGGGAACUUCUGUUGAUGAGUAUGUUUAUGCACGCUUACAUAGCAGCGGGUAGUAAGUUAGUUUUUACGUCAUUAGCUAUGGUUAUGUUGAAAGACAUAACAGGUACCUCUGAUGUCUUGUUGUUUACGUUACUGGUGGACAGUUUCAUGAUUAUCGGGUCCUGUAUAUCAUUAUUCAUCAGGAAAACUUCUGUGCGUACCCUCUUGUUUUCUACCGGCUUUGCUGCCAAUGUUGUCAUCGUUAUAUUCAGUUUCUGUUUCUAUUUCAGAAACGGGCAGACUUAUUUCAACUGGAUCAACGUAUGCUUGUUGGCAAUGUUUUUUAUACUUGUCAACUCUGGUCCGUAUCCUCUUUUAGACGCCAUUUUUAGUGAAAUGUUCCCAUUGGAGUUGAAAUUGUAUAUAUUCUCUAUAUCCGGUGUUGUACUUGUAGUGCUUUUAAGUUUGACAAUCUUUUUGUUUCCAUAUAUUGUGAAUGCUAUAGGCUACCAUGGUUUGUUUUUGAUGAAUGCUGGUAUUAUGACUAUCAGUUUAGGUUACAUGUGGGUGAAAUGGCCGGAAACUAAAGGACGUACGUUACAGGAGAUAGAAGUAUAUUUCAAAGCAAACAACUUUGACGUAGAAGAAGUGUUGAGUAAAGAGCAAACUAUGAAUUUAAUUAUUUAAUGUUGUAUGGAUCACAAUGUUAUUCGGUAAUUAAUUAAACAAAUAAAAAAACCCGACUGCAUAAAGUAUAAAAAACUGAAAAGAACAAAAACAAGCUCAGUCCAGAAGUGUAGAAAGCAAUUAGAAAACAGUCGGGACCUUAGGUAUUGGAUAGAAUGAUUUUCUUCUACAGUAUUUAAUAGGUCCCGACUGUUUUGCAAUUGCUUUCUACACUUCUGGACUGAGCUUGUUUUUGUUCUUUUCAGUUUUUUUAUACUUUAUGCAGUCGGGUUUUUUUAUUUGUGUAAUUAAUUUAUUUAUUUCACACAUUUUAGUUACGAUAGAUGGUUAAUUUCGGAUUUACUUAUUACGUUUAUUACAAAGUACCUACGAAAAUUUAUACGUCCAACCGAGGUUAAGCAAAUAUUCAAAAAAAUCUACGGAACGCUCGGUGGGCGAAUCCGACUCGCACUUAGCGAUUUUUAUAAUCAAUAUAUUUUAUUUAGUCUAUUUUAUAACUUCACUUCACAAACCUGCUCGCACCUACAGUCAUCCGCCUCGCGUAUUUUGUAUUUUUUUAAUUGUAGUUUUUUUAAACAUGGACAUGAUAUACUAUUUAAGAAUCCUCACAAAAAGCUCUUGAAUUUGAUACCCAUAUUGCAAUAUUAG